CACAUGUACUCAAGAUAAUCAAAUAUUCAAGAAGAGAAAAAAAUCAAAUAUUAGAGAAGAGUAAAAAUUAAGUAACAAAAUGGAAGCAGGCAAAUGUGUAAAAACUCCUCUCGGCUCUCUGAUCAUGGGUCUACUCAUUUUGGGGUCGUUUAUAGUACAAACUCCAGUAGAGGCUAAGAGCUGCUGCAAAAGCACCGUUGGAAGAAAUUGCUACAACGCAUGUCGUUUACGAUUUGCCAGGCAAGUAUGUGCAUCAACUUGUAGCUGCAAAAUCGUUGGAGGGAACAAGUUCCCCAGAGGUUACCCCAAAUUAAGUGGUUUUCUAAACUCCGAGGAAUUUGAACAACAAACCAACGUAGAAGAUCAUGCCUCUCAAAUCAAUGAGUACUGCAAGUUGGGUUGUGUAUCUUCUGAAUGUGGUGAUAACAUGAUUGCUACUCCCCAGUCCCCGACUUCCGACGAAGAAGUGGAACGAUGUAACAAUGCAUGCUUGGAGCUCUGCAACAAGAAUUCCAAUAUUGAAGCUGCGGUUACGGCUUAAGACAGAUUAAUGGAGAUAUGACGUUCAAGCAACCCAAGCUGGCCUAAUAUAUCUUAUAUGCUACCUUUGUAUUUUGGAUGAUUAUUGUGUGUCAGUGUUGUACUGUAUAAUAUUUCGCAUAAUUGUCAGUGUGUUAUAAAUAAAGUCGUCAUGUAUGCAUGACGAAGAUUGUAUAUUGCAUUAUGCAGGUAUCAUUAAUACUUACUACUAUUAUCAGGACAUGCCAA